AUGAAUCCGGCACAAAUCGAGGAGGCUGGUUCAAUACUUCAGGAAACUGCAGUAGACUGGAGAGAACUCGUAGCCGGUAGUGAAGGAUUCCUCACAGGCAAGCAAUGGCGAGGUCUCUACCGGCAAGAGGUGGUAUGGGGAGAAAUGGUUAGCUUUCUGUCCAAGCAUAUUCAUGUACGACUGCUAAUCCAGAACCUGGAUGCGUGUCACGUCAACAAUGUCAUGUACAACCGGUAUGCGGAAUCGGCUAGAGUCAACUGGACGCUGAACUUUGCGGCGAGCGAUCCACAGCAUAAAGCGGAGUGGAUGGAACUCAUGACACCGAAGAGCGUUGGCUUAAUUUUGAGAAGCAUCAAGACAGACUACAAGUUUCCCAUGAAAUGGCCUGACAGGUACGACCGCCACUAUGAGCUACAACACGCAAUGUCGAUGAUUAAUAAACUUUUCAACAGGAUAACUGUGCUCCACAAACUUCGAAAUAACCCAACUGAAGAUACCGACCACUUCAUUCUAGAUGUCCUAAUCCUCUCAGAAGCACAGCGUCGUCCAGCGGCGCGCUGCAUCGAAGAUAUCGUUGUAUACGACUACCGAACAGCCAAAAAGUCGCCCUUACCACCUUUCAUGAUCCAGAAGUUCCAAGAGACGUUCAGGCUGCAAGAGGAGGCCAAAGAAAAGAAUAGCAAUAGAGUUAGAGUGCUGUUAGACAGGGUUAGAGAGCUAGAGAAGAGUAGCUGGGAUAGACCGGGUGCUAAGGAAGACUUUGGUAGUGCGAAUCAGUAG